ACUAGCGAAACACGCAAAAGAGUUCAAACAGUGCCAGAAUUGUCAUGAGACGAAAUCGGACAGUCAAAAGGCUUUAUUGACAUGCGGCGGAUGUAGCCGUGCCCAUUAUUGUAGCAAAGAAUGCCAGAACAAAGAUUGGCCGAAUCACAAAGCGAUGUGCAAACAGAAUCGUGCAGCUCUAGCAAUAAUCAAAGAACAAUCCGACAAUACAGUCGAGGGUGCCACUUUGCGUGAUACGGAGAGCGCGCUGAAGAAAUGGGUCCAGUCUUACCGCCCCAUUAUCUCCUCCUCCGUCAUCCACGCUCUCACUCUCCAAACAAACCCAGAUCUCUGCUUCACCCACGUCCUCGUCAUCGUCCUAGUCCCCAAUACCUCAUUUCCAAACUGGGUGAAAUCGAUACCAAAUAGCUUUCUCGUCGACGACGUCUACCCAUCUUCCAUGGACGAGCUGACGUCAAUGAAGCCUGAAUGGGGGCCAGGCUUCACUUCCUUGGUCGAACGCUCAAAGGCGCUACGCGCGAAAGGGGGCUUAGGAUAUGCUCUGUCGCUCAUUUUGGUGAAAGGGAGCCCGUUGGCUCACAUGACACCUUUUGGGAUCGACGAGAUGUUUGAUGCUGGCGAGCUUCCGUGGAAUUAUCGAUGGGAGGAGACACUGAAGGAUUUGGUUGCGCAGGGUAAAGUCGUCUAGCGACCGUUUCUUCUCCGUUUGUCUAUUCAAUUCCUUGUACUGUAAUUCGUGGAUAAUAAAAACAGGAAACUUGUAUCGCCUUC